AUGUCGUUCUUUAAUUUCCGCAAGAUCUUCAAGCUCGGGGGAGACAAGAAGAAGAAGCAGUAUGAGCAUGUCAAGAGGGACCAAAACCCCGAGGAGUUCUGGGAGAUUGUGGGAGAGUUGGGGGAUGGAGCCUUUGGCAAGGUCUUUAAGGCUCAAAAUAAAGAAACUGGAAUUUUGGCAGCAGCAAAAGUCAUAGAUACAAAAUCAGAGGAUGAACUCGAGGAUUACAUGGUGGAGAUUGAUAUUUUGGCAUCGUGUGACCAUCCGAAUAUUGUUAAACUCUUGGAUGCUUUCUACUAUGAAAAUAACCUCUGGAUCCUGAUAGAAUUUUGUGCUGGAGGAGCAGUAGACGCUGUAAUGUUAGAGCUGGAGAGGCCCCUGACAGAACCUCAAAUACGGGUUGUUUGUAGGCAGACACUGGAAGCAUUGAUAUAUCUGCAUGAAAUCAAGAUCAUUCACCGAGAUCUAAAGGCAGGCAAUAUACUGCUUACGUUAGACGGCGAUGUUAAACUGGCUGAUUUUGGUGUAUCUGCUAAAAAUACAAAAACAAUGCAGAGAAGAGAUUCAUUUAUUGGUACCCCUUAUUGGAUGGCCCCAGAAGUGGUAAUGUGUGAGACUUCUAAAGACAGGCCUUAUGACUUUAAAGCCGAUGUUUGGUCGCUUGGUGUCACUUUAAUAGAAAUGGCCCAGAUAGAACCUCCUCACCAUGAAUUAAAUCCGAUGAGGGUGCUGUUAAAGAUUGCAAAAGCUGAACCCCCUACUUUAGCACAGCCAUCAAGAUGGUCAGCAGAAUUCAAUGAUUUCCUAAAGAAAUGUUUGGAGAAGAAUGUGGAUGCAAGGUGGACCACCGCUCAGUUGCUACAGCACCCGUUUGUGUCUACGGUAAAUUCCAACAAGCCCGUUCGAGAACUAAUAGCAGAGGCCAAAGCUGAAGUGUUAGAAGAGGUAGAAGAGUCUAAAGAGGAUGAAGAGGAAGAUGAUGGAGAAAGUUCUUUACCUGUUCCAGAUAAGAGAGCUUCAUCAGACCUAAGCAUUGCUAGCUUAGAAGAUGACAAACUCUCCCAGAAUACCUCAACGUUAGAGCCUGUUUCUGAGCAAGCUGUACCUACUGUAGUUGGAAAUCAAGUUAUAGAUCGAGACAAUGUUAAGGAAUCUGCAAAAGCAAAGGAAGAAGGAGAUAAAAAUGUAAUUGUGGAUCAGGUGAACAAAGAUGCGUCGGUGGAUCAGGCCAACAAAGAUGUGUCAGUGGAUCAGGCCAACAAAGAUGCGUCAUUGGAUCAGGCCAACAAAGAUGAGUCGGUGGAUCAGGCCAACAAAGAUGCGUCCGUGGAUCAGGCCAACAAAGAUGCGUCCGUGGAUCAGGCCAACAAAGAUGCGUCCGUGGAUCAGGCCAACAAAGAUGCGUCCGUGGAUCAGGCCAACAAAGAUGCGUCCGUGGAUCAGGCCAACAAAGAUGCGUCCGUGGAUCAGGCCAACAAAGAUGCGUCCGUGGAUCAGGCCAACAAAGAUGCGUCCGUGGUUCAGGCCAACAAAGAUGCGUCCGGGGAUCAGGCCAACAAAGAUGCGUCCGGGGAUCAGGCCAACAAAGAUGCGUCCGGGGAUGAGGCCAACAAAGAUGCGUCCGGGGAUGAGGCCAACAAAGAUGCGUCCGGGGAUGAGGCCAACAAAGAUGCAUCCGGGGAUCAGGUCAACAAAGAUCCGGCAGAAGUAGUUCAGGAAAUUCUCAGUCCUGAUAAGGCACUAAGUGAUGGUGAUAAUAGCAUUCAGGAUAUAGUCAAAGAAAAGAAAGAAGACAGUAAUAUCCCUGUUGUGGAACCAGCCAUUGAUAACCUGAAAAAAGAGAGUGAAGACAUAUCUUCACUUCCAGAAGAAGGUACAGGAAAGACCACUCUCGAAAGUGAAAGUCAACAGAUAACUGAUCAAGCUAAGGUUAUUCCUGCUGAUCCUUUGUUAGUAGAGGGUGUUCCUUUAGUAAUAAUUGAAACACAGAAAGAAGAAAAAGCAGAAAACCUUAACAUCACUGAAAACCUUGAAAAUGAAAAUGCUGAAGUUAGCGAGAGAGGUUAUAUAAAUGACUCUUUAGAAGCACAAAAUGAAAGGACCGAGAAUAUUCCUAAAGAAAAUGGUACAGUUGAAGUAAUACUUGAUGAAAUUGUUGAUUCAACUGGUGAGAAUCCUGAAGCUGUUUUAGAAAAUAGUGAAAUGUCUAAUAAAGAUUCUUGUGGAAAUCCUAAGGCUGCUAAUGAAUUAAAUGAAAAUAGUAUAUGCUCAGAAAAAAAGCAGGACAUAACCGUUGCAAGCACUUCUUUGACCGACCAAGUACUAGAAAAUGCUGGUCAAGUAAAUGACAUUCUGCCUUCAGAAGAAGGUGCCUCUCUAACAAACUCUGAGGAGUCCAAGUUUAAAGAAACCAACAAUGAGAUUCAUGAUAAUAAUGUAGAUGUUCUAAAUAAAAAUCCAGACCGUGUUUCCCAACAAAAUAAAGAAUCAGAACAAAGUCCACCUUGUGAUAAUGAACUUCAGCCUUCUGUACCCAUUAUUAGUGUUAUAUCUGCCGAUCAGGAAGAGAAAGACAAUACAAGCUCCACCAGCACAUCAGAAACCUCCAGAUCAGAGCCUGAACAUAACCUAAAACAGCCUGAAACAGAUUCAGAUUCUGGUAUGGGUUCUACAAAUGACAGCGGAAGCAUGGACUUGAAUUUGUCUAUAUCUAGCUUCCUCAGUAAAGGCAAGGAAUCUGGAUCAUUAUCCAUACAGGACAGUAAAAGACAGAAGAAAACUUUGAAAAAAACGCGUAAAUUUAUAGUAGAUGGGGUCGAAGUCAGUGUUACUACAUCAAAAAUAGUUACAGAUAACGAUUCUAAGAGUGAAGAGAUGCGCUUCCUACGGCGACAAGAGCUGCGCGAGUUGCGACUGUUACAGAAAGAGGAGCAAAGAGCACAGCAGCUUCUUAGCAACAAGCUACUGCAGCAGAGGGAACAGAUCUUCAAGCGUUUUGAACAGGAAAUGACGAGCAAGAAACGCCAGUAUGAUCAAGAUAUCGAAAACCUGGAAAAGCAGCAGAAACAGACCAUUGAACGGUUAGAACAGGAGCAUACAACACGCCUGAGAGAUGAAGCCAAGCGUAUAAAGGGAGAACAGGAUAAGGAGUACUCCAAAUUUCAAAGCGUGUUAAAAAAUCGAAAAAAAGAGGUAAUAAAUGAAGUGGAGAAAGCGCCCAAAGAGCUGAGAAAAGAGCUCAUGAAACGCAAGAAAGAGGAGCUUGCACAAAGCCAGCAUGCUCAGGAGCAAGAAUUUGUACAAAAGCAGCAGCAGGAGCUGGAUGGCUCUUUGAAGAAGAUAAUCCAUCAGCAAAAGACUGAACUUGCCACCAUCGAGAGGGAUUGCUUGAAUCACAAGCAGCAGCUCAUGAGAGCACGUGAAGCUGCUAUCUGGGAGCUAGAAGAACGCCACCUACAGGAGAAGCACCAGCUACUGAAGCAACAGCUAAAAGACCAGUACUUCAUGCAAAGGCACCAGUUAUUGAAGAGGCAUGAGAAGGAAAUGGAACAGAUGCAAAGGUAUAAUCAGCGGCUGAUAGAAGAACUGAAGAAUAGACAAACUCAGGAGCGGGGCCGAUUACCUAAAAUUCAGCGCGGUGAUGCAAAAACCCGGAUGGCCAUGUUUAAGAAAAGUUUGAGAAUAAAUUCCUCUGGGUCUCCAGAACAGGAUAGAGAAAAAAUUAAACAGUUUGGCCUUCAAGAGGAUAAAAGACAGAAAAAUGAAAGGUUAGCUCAGCAUCAAAAGCAUGAAAACCAGAUGCGGGACUUGCAGCUUCAGUGCGAUGCCAAUGUCCGAGAACUUCAGCAGUUGCAGAAUGAAAAAUGCCAUCUGUUAAUUGAGCACGAAACCCAAAAACUGAAAGAAUUAGACGAAGAGCAUGCUCUGGAACUGAAGGAGUGGAGAGAGAAACUGAGGCCACGCAAAAAGGCACUGGAAGAAGAGUUUGCUAGGAAACUACAGGAGCAAGAAGUAUUUUUUAAAAUGAGCGGGGAAUCCGAAUGCCUUAACCCUACAACACAAAGCCGUAUCUCAAAGUUUUAUCCUAUUCCCAGCAUGCACUCUACCGGCUCAUAACUGGCCAGUUUGACAGUUCUAGGUUUUAAUAUAUUUUAUCUCAAAGAUAUACCACUUUUGCAGCAUUUUAGAAAAGCAUGAAUAGUUUUUAAUUUUUUUGUGUGUAGCAGUUAUUUGAUGGUGUCCAGGGACGGCCAACCUGUGGUCCCCAACUGCAACUACCAGCAGCCCACCAACAGUCGGAGGAUAUCUCGCUGGACAUCACUGAUCUACAUGUUACAUGGACUUUUUAUUUCUCAAUUUAUGGAAAUUCCUUUAUUGAGCAGCAUGUCUCUCCUCUAAUACCGGCCCUGCUCAACUGCUUUCUCAAAGUGUCAAAAAGCACAACCUGUUUGUAAAAACACUCCAUGGCUUUCUGUAAAGUUCUUAAUUUUAAUGUAAAUAAACCAUUCUAUUACCAUAA